AAUGCUGAUCAAGAAUAUAUAUGAUUUUGUGGGUUGGAAAUGAAUCCUCUACUGCUUUGCAAGCUUUUACUAAGAUUAUAAUACCCUGCAAGGGUAUAAAAACCUAAACCAUUACCCGGCUAAUCGCUAGCCAGAUUAGUCGGAUCUUAUCGGCAGUUGCUUUGAAUAUUAUAUUCGAGUGUCGACCAAUUGCAUUGGCGGCUUUAAGUGCUCAAUAUUUUGGUCAGUCUGCAUUUGAUAGUGCUGCCAGCAUGAGUAAAGUUUCCCCCAAUCCAGUGCGUCCUCUGCCGGCGGGCCUGCAGAAGGUGGCCAUCGAGGAGCUGAACGAGGUUCCUAGUCGUGUGGAAUCCGACAUUGCCGCCUUACGAGAGUGGCUGCAAAGGCAGCCUCAUCUCUGCUCCUGCGUGGCGGAUCAAUUCCUGCUCAGCUUUCUGCGCGGCUCCAAGUUUAGUCUGGAGAAGGCCAAGCAAAAGAUCGAUCGAUUCUACAGCUUGCAGGCCGUCAUUCCUGAGAUUUUCAAUGAGCAUCGUUUGGCCGAUGAUCCUCAAGUGCUGGAGAUUAUUCGCAUGGGAGUCAUCUUGCGCAUUCCCCUGGACAAAGACGACACUGGCCCAGCUGUGACCAUCAUUCGGGCCUGCUCCUACGACUUGAGUAAAUUCAAGUUUCAGGACAUCAUUCGAGUGGGCUCCAUGUUUGGUGAGAUCAUGAUGCUGGAGGAUGACAAUGCCUCGGUCAGUGGCUACCUGGAGAUCAUGGACAUGAGUGGCGUGACGGGUGCGAAUCUGUUUGCCCUUCAGCCUCAACUUUUGAGCAAGUUCUCGGCCUAUGCCGACGAGGCUAUGCCCACGCGGCAGAGGGGCAUCCAUUUUAUCAAUGCGCCCAAGGCCUUCGAGACGGGCUUCAAGUCGCUGCUGGGUUGGUUUCCGGCAAAGAUCAAGGAGAGGGUGUCAGUCAGCUCCGAUCCCGAGGCCAUCUUUGAGUCCGUUCCCAAGAAAUAUCUGCCCGCAGAGUAUGGAGGCACCAAGGGAACCAUUCGGGAUAUAACCGAUAAUAUGGAGGCCAAACUGGCUAGCUAUCGGAGCUAUUUCGAGGAGUCCCAGCACUUUGGCACCAACGAGAAGUUGCGCGAGGAGCCCACAAACCUUGGCCAGAAAGAGAGUCACUUCGGAAUGGAUGGCUCCUUCCGCCAGUUGAUCAUCGACUGAUUCGAUUCACAAACCUGUAACUUGCGCUGGGCUAUAAACUAAUAAAUGCUUCGAUAAGC